AUGAAAGCGGCCGAAACCUCUGCAGCUCAUGUGGAGGAUGAGAAUGUGGCGAGCGUCUUGAACUUGGCGAAAAGGUCGGUCCAAACUGAUUGGCGCUCGAUCUACGUCACUUCGCUGUUGGCUUUUUGCGUCGCCGCUCAAUUCAGCUUGUAUUUCAGUUCGUUGUGGCCGUUCUUGCAAUUGGUAAGCUCUGUGAAGUCGCUAGAAGCUUCUUUGCUUCCUAAAGUCUUUAUUUUGGCUUCAAGUUUGUUUAUUUUCCUGAAAUAAUCCGUCAAGGCCGUCAUUGUUCUAUUUUCAGCUUGAUUCCACCAUCUCCGAGAAUUUCUUUGGUUAUGUCGUCGGAGCCUACAGUUUUGGUCAGAUCAUUGCCUCCCCUUUGGUCGGAUUUUUGUCCAAUAAAUUGGGCCAAAUCCGCCUUCCAUUGUAUGCAAAUUUAACCUGCAUGUUCAUUGGAAAUGCGAUCUAUUUCAAUUUGGAAAACUUUUCUUUUGGCCGAAGAUACUGGCUUGUGCUUUGCCGAUUGAUUACUGGAUUUGGAAGCAGUAGUAUUAGCUUGUUAAAGGCUUAUACGACGACAGCCAGUGUUACAAAAGAUCGAUCAAGAGCGUUGGCAUUCGUUACAGGGGGAGUGGCCUUGGGAAUGACAAUGGGGCCGAGUAAGUAGGGAUAUAAAAAAGACGUUCAAAGAAAUAAGCGGAAGCAGGAAGAGGGUACUAGUCAUGGGUCUAUUUUUACUGUAUUAUUAUUAAAAUCAUAUUUUUUUCCAGCAUUCCAACUCCUUUUCAUCCCCUUGGAUUACCCUGGCUUUCAUUUCCUCGGCAUUUUCAAAGUGAAUAUGUACACAGCCCCCGCUUACAUGGCCUGCUGUAUGAAUUUGUUCUGUGCUCUGAUCACCAAGAAAUUCUUUGUUGAAAAUUAUGCAGGGAUAGUGACCUCUGAAGAUGGAGAAAAGGUCAGAUUGCCUCCCUUUGACAAGAAGGCAAUCGUUGUUUGUCACAUGACAAGAUUCGCGCAGAUUCUGGUCAAUUCGAAUAUGGAAACGUAAGGACAUAAAAUUAAAAAUUUUUUAUUUCUUACAAUUUUAGGUUAGGAUCCCCAUUGGUUAUGGCCAUGUUUGCUUGGUCACGCCACGAAGCCGUUGAAUACAUCGCUGCAGCGCAAGUUGUAAUGAGUUUUCUGGCAUUUUUGACUUACCUGGCAUUCAUUGUGUUCAAGCCUGAGAGAUUGUAAGUUCGUUUUGUUCUGUUUUACCACCAUCUUUUUCCAUUUUCAGUAUGAGUUUCCGGCUUGGCUGCCUUUUGUCGCUGGUUGGCCUUAUAAUUUUCCAUCUUCUCACGAUUUCUUGGCCAUUUCUUCCGGGCCAGAUCCAAACUUUUCAUCAGAGUAACCUCACAGAGACCGAGCAAAUUGGAUGCAACAGUGCCAGGUUUACUUGGUGCGACACUCUGAAGCCAGUGAAUGUGGCUGUUUUCUUCGGAAGUUACAUUUUGAUUGUGGGAACUGCAUUUCCCAAUGUAAAUAUUUGUUUGAACACUCUUUUCUCGAAGAUUAUUGGGCCCAGAAGACAAGGGACGCAACAAGGAUGGUUGCAGGUGUCCGGGGCAUUGGCCAGAAUGUUUGGCCCAGUUGUGGCAAGGUAAGAUCACGAUUGCCUACCGUAAAUCUGAAUUUUCAUCAUUUUGAUUUUAAAAAUACGCAUGACUACAAUGACAUUUUUAGUAACGUCUACUCAACCUACGGUCCUCAGUACGCUUGGGGAGUUGUGAUCGCGGUAAUUGGACUUGUCUUAUCUCUUUGGAUCGUGUUUUUCGAACGCAUGGUGCCCCUACAAAUACCCAAAGAAGAGCAUAAAGAAUUGAAUCGACCGCCGUCAGAUGAAAUUACCAAAAGUUUGACUUCAAGUAGCACUUAA